GAUUGUUGCGAGGAGUAAAGAAGCAGAAAGAGUGGUUCUUUGAUUUGAUUUUGAUUGAAGAGAACGUUGAAGUGAUUGGAAAAACGUGCCUAACACUGUUUACAUAUUACAUGUUCAUUUUCUUUGUUUUCUCCACUUUGACACACGAAAUAGUAAAAUACCACCACACGGAUCCAUUGGAAUCCUCAUUUCAUCAAGCUUCAACCCCUUGAUUCUAUCUACAAAAUUUUGAAAAAUUGAGAAAUGGGUUUUGAAAUUCAAGCCAUUUCGUUGAUGGGUUUUGAAGGAAUCUGAAGAAUUUUCAAUGUCGGAAAGCGAUCAGCAUCGUCUUUUGGGGUCUUCGGAAGAUGUAGCAGUACACGACGUGGAAGCACCACAAGGGUCCUCCGAACUCAAUGGCAAUGGCAGUGGUAGCAGCAACAAAGGGUUCAGGGAUUUGUUCAGGUUUUCGGGUCACCGCCAUAGUUUCAAGCGUCUUGACAAAGAUGUAGAUAGAGAUAGUGAUAGAGAUAGAGAUAGAGAUAGAAGAGAUCAUCAUGAUCACAAUCAUCAUGUUGUUGAUUCACAUUUGCAUUUAGAUCUUCAUUCUGUUGAUUCUUCAGGUGAUGUCCUUGGUGAUAGUGCACCUCCUGAAUGGGCCUUGCUCCUCCUUGGUUGCCUCCUUGGUCUUACCACUGGCCUCUUUGUCGCUGCUUUCAAUAAAGGGGUGCAUCUAAUACAUGAAUGGGUAUGGGCUGGUACUCCAAAUGAGGGUGCUGCUUGGCUUCGUCUUCAGAGAUUGGCAGAUACAUGGCAUCGAAUCCUUUUGAUACCUGUCACUGGAGGAGUCAUUGUUGGCAUGAUGUGUGGUUUACUGGAAAUACUGGACCAAAUAAAGCAGCCCAGUUCCUCUCAAAGACAAGGACAAGGUUUUGAUUUGCUUGCAGGAAUCUUUCCAACAAUAAAGGCUAUCCAGGCUGCAGUGACUUUGGGUACUGGCUGUUCAUUGGGUCCUGAAGGUCCUAGUGUUGAUAUUGGAAAGUCAUGUGCCAAUGGAUUCUCACUAAUGAUGGAAAACAACAGAGAAAGAAAAAUAGCACUUGUUGCAGCUGGUGCAGCAGCUGGAAUUUCUUCAGGCUUCAAUGCAGCAGUUGCUGGUUGUUUCUUUGCUAUUGAAACUGUGCUGAGACCUCUUCGUGCAGAAAACUCUCCCCCAUUUACCACUGCCAUGAUUAUAUUGGCUUCUGUUAUUUCGUCAACUGUAUCAAAUGUUUUACAGGGAACUCAAUCAGCUUUUACAGUGCCUGAGUAUGAGUUGAAAUCUGCUGCUGAGCUACCUUUAUACUUGAUAUUGGGAAUGCUGUGCGGUGUUGUAAGUGUGGCCAUGAGUCGUUUGGUUGCUUGGUUCAGCAAAUUAUUUGAGAUUAUCCAGGAGAAAUUUGGUGUUCCUCCGGUGGUUUGCCCUGCUUUAGGUGGUUUAGGAGCUGGGAUCAUUGCUCUUAAAUAUCCUGGAAUAUUGUAUUGGGGUUUCACAAAUGUGGAAGAAAUUUUACGUACUGGAAAGAGUGCUUCAGCUCCUGGAAUAUGGCUUCUGACACAACUAGCAGGUGCUAAGGUUAUUGCGACAGCUCUUUGCAAGGGAUCCGGGCUGGUAGGUGGUCUUUAUGCACCGAGUUUAAUGAUUGGUGCUGCAGUUGGUGCUGUAUUUGGAGGCUUUGCUGCAGAAGUUAUCAAUUCAGCAAUUCCUGGAAAUACUGCUGUUGCCCAACCCCAGGCGUAUGCUUUGGUUGGAAUGGCUGCUACAUUAGCAUCUGUUUGUUCUGUUCCUUUGACUUCAGUUCUACUUCUGUUCGAGCUGACAAAAGAUUAUAGGAUACUGCUUCCUCUCAUGGGCGCUGUUGGAUUGGCAAUAUGGGUUCCCUCAGUGACAAACCAGGCGAAGGAGAGUGAUACACCUGAUACAAGAAACUUAGCAAGAGGAUAUUCUUCAAUUUCACGUGCUGAAGAUAAUGAUGAUGGUAACUGGAGACAAGGCAAUGAUGGGAAUGGUUUAGAACUCUGUAUUAUUAGAGAUGCUGCUGAUCUUGAAGCAAUUGAUGAGGAACUGCUUCUGGACAAUCUUAAGGUUUCUCAAGCCAUGUCAAAACACUAUCUGAAGGUUUCAUCAUCUGUAACUGUGAAAGAUGCAAUGAAAUGCAUGCAUGACAGCCAGCAAAAUUGUGUGCUUGUGGUUGAUGAAGAAGAUUUUCUAGAAGGAAUAUUGACAUAUGGUGACAUUAGAAGGUGUCUGGCUGAUAAGUCUAGUGAUACUUCCAAGACUGAUUCAGGGCUUCUUGAUGCAAACACAUACCUUGUUUCCUCUGUUUGUACUCGAGGGAUGAGCUAUCGUGGACGAGAGCGUGGACUUUUAACUUGUUAUCCAAGUACUAGUUUGGCUAUGGCCAAAGAGUUAAUGGAGGCUAAGGGCAUUAAGCAAUUACCAGUGGUCAAACGUGUUGGGGAUCGCGGUAGAGAGAGGAAACGAAGAAUUGUUGGUCUUCUUCAUUAUGACGCGCUAUGGCACUGUCUCAGGAUAGAGAUUAACCACCGGAAGUCAGCUUACCAGAAUAGGACAGAUAACAAUUUGGCUAUCAUAACUUCAAAUGGGCAUUAACUCGGGGGUUAAGCUUCUUGGUUGCCCUUAGGAAAGAAAUAGUAAGGUUGUAGCAACAAGCUCCCUGGCUACCUUUAAAAGUGAGACCAUAUCAGUUCAUGUGUAUUUUAGUGCCACAAAAGUGCUUAUUUGAUAAGGAAGAAAAUAUUUCCAACCCCCCAAAAUUAAGAAUGAACAAUUUUAAAUCGCAACCCGAGAUUCUUUUGCAUAAUUUAGUACACUGCAGCUUGUAAAGUACCACUAUAAGAAGCAAAAGACUAAUAAAUACAAUGGGAAAAAGAGAAGGGGUAUAAGCCCUCAAGUUUGAGUAUGCUUAAUUAUUGUAAUAUGCCUCUUUGUUCCUUUUGUGAAUUUAUUCUUCCCUCCUCAUAGAGGCAAAGCAAGUGGAGUUUUG